AUGGCAGCAGCCGCCGCCGCCGCUGGCAAAUACAGCAACUACUAUGAUUUCAAAUUUUACACCUUAUUGAUGACUUGGCCUAAUAUCUACUGCGUGCAAAUGAAAGACCUUGCUAGACGUAAUUGCUAUGAGGCCGUCGCACAGAAAUUUAUCAUGAAUGGUCUAUGGUCAUUAUAUAAUGAUUUUAAUGCGCGUCCAAAGUACGGAUCAGCUUCAAAUGCCCAAAGAGAGUUUGAUGGCGAACAGUUCAAAAUUGCGGAGACAACUUGUGUUGUCAAGAUGAAAGCGUACUGGCCAAAUCCAACAGCGAAGGAUUUGACACAGAACUAUUUCAACUUAGCAUUUAAGUUUUAUGAAGACGUUAAUGUGACAAAGAUGCUUGAGGAUGCUGGAAUUUCAAUUGGGAUAGAUUUUAUUCCUGUCGUGAUCAUUCAAGUGAUAGGGAAGAAGACGAAAAGCUUCGCAAAUAUCAGGUGUUAUAAGAGGAUGUUGUGGGGAGCCUGA